CCUUUCCCACUUUCAUCGACGAACUCAACCACUCAACUUCACUCACUCACUCACUCACUCACAAACACACACACGAACAAAAACAGAGAGAUGGAACGAUCGAGUGCUCUAGCAAAUUUAGCAACAAAGCUCCUCGUAUGCCUAGCCAUAUGUUCCUACAUCAUCUCAAUUAGCUCCGCCCAAACAUCCACCAACACCCAGUUCAUAAGAACAUCAUGCAGUAAAACCACCUACCCGCGCCUGUGCUACACCUCCCUCUCCAGCCACGCCAACCUCAUCCAGACGAGCCCUAAGCUCCUCACCAGCACCGCCCUCAACGUGACCCUUAACAAGGCACGCUCGACCUCAGCCAUGAUGGUGAGGCUGUCUCGGGCCCACGGGAUGAAGCCGAGGGAGGUGGGGGCGAUGCAGGACUGCGUCGAGGAGCUGAGCAGCACGGUGGACGAGCUGAGGCGGUCCAUCCACGAGAUGGGCCAGAUCAAGAGGUCCUCCAACUUCGGGCUGAUCAUGAACGAUGUGCAGACGUGGGUGAGUGCUGCCCUCACGGAUGAGAACACGUGCUCGGACGGCUUCACUGGGAGCACGAUGAACGGCAAUACUAAGACGGUCGUGAGGAACGCGAUACUGACCAUUGCGCAUCUCACCAGCAAUGCUUUGGCCUUGAUCAAUCGUUACGCCGAGCUUCAGGGCUAAUGCCAAUUGCUACAUAGCCAUGACCGUAAUUGUUACUUGUCAAUCAUACCUAGCCAGCUACGUAGAGAAGGUAUAUUAUCGUUUGGGAUAUACAUUGUAUGAUUGGGAAACUCUAGGUGUUUUGUCGUUGAUCUGUAAGAUGUAGAUGGAGUUGCCAGAUUAAAAGAAUUGAUGGCGGCAGCCAAGGUAGCAAUAGGAUGCAUAAAUGAGGUUAAUCUUGUUUCCCCCGUGUGCUCUGCAGUUAAUUUGUUCAUGCAUAUAUUAGCCUUGUAUCUGGUGAUUGAAUGAUUCUAAUGGACCUAUAGUUUGCUUGGAAAA